ACGAGAAGUUGUUCACUCUGUUCAUGUUGGUGUCGCUGGUGUACAUGCUGUGCGUGAUCCGGGUGGUGCGCGCGGUGCGCCACACGCUCUCUCCGAGGCUGCUGCGCUCCUUCGCGCAAAAGAAGUGGCUUUUUGGGAUCAAGUUGGCCUCCACCGGCGGCCUCCUCUUCUUCUUCUGGCGGCACCGCGUCCACUGCCAACCCAUGGCUUUCAGCUGGUUCUCGCUGUGUGAGUACGUGAUCGCCACGUGCAACAUGCUCUACCACGUGAGUGUGGCCCUCGACUUCUCUGACGAGCAUCUGAUUGUAGGACACAUCGUCACAGCCACCACGCCUUCUGCCUCCGUCUCCUCCUUCCCUACCACUGCCUCCUCUUCACGUCAUCAUUCCAUCUCAACUCCCACCACUACAUUCGACUCUUUAGCCACCUUCGAGGGCGGCUCCGACAUCCCGCCUACAAGAAACGGCCGUCUGGACGAGCAGGUGCUGGGGGGUAGCAUGGUUCUGGGUAGCCCCCAGCCCUUAGCUGCCGUUCUCAGCGGUAUGCACCCAGCUGUGAGUUGUGGGAAAGUGGUGUCUGUGGCAAAAUGUGACAGUGGAGUGGGCGUGGGCGGUGGAGGCACGGUGGAGGGGGAAAUCCCGCCCACAGUGGUACACCAAGUUCUUAACACCAUACACGAGGGCUCAGAGCCCACUUCCGCGCAGCCGUGUCUCAACGGACCUGCAGACGCAGAGUCUACCUUGAUUCAGCGGAGACCCACAACCUCACCCAGCUCUAACCCCCUUUCCACAGACGCCCACACCCCCAUUCACACUCACAGCGAAUAGUGAUAGAGUGAGCAGGGGGACUCCGCCCACGAGAGGUGCUGGGAGCAAGCAGGCCACUGCUGCCGCCACUAACAUUCACCUUGUACUGAUCUUAUACGUGUGUUCCUGUAUCAUAUACCACGAACAUGUGUCUGAAAACUCAUGUAUAAGAGGGUAGUGUGUAUAACUGAGAUCUUAAAACACACUACACCUCCUUGGCCGGACACAACGUGUCAGGGCACCCACAAAGCCCUUGUAAUACGCAGAAACUGUUACUACAAGUUUUAUCGCAAAGAAAAAAAUAUAUGACGAGCGUAACACAAAUGUUCCUCAAGACUUUGAGUGAUUGCCAUAGCCUGGUACUCUUGGGCAGAGAUCUUGUGUUUUGGUGUGGAAAGUCUUGGAAAAUGUUGGUGUAGUGAGAACGUGCUUCUUGAUGAUUGGACAGUGUCGAGUGUAAUGUCUCUUGCUUGUAGUGCAUCUAGCAAAGCUGCACACAACACUAUAUAAAUUGCAAGUAUAUAAUUGUAGUUGACGAUAAAGCAAAUAUCUAAUCCAGGAAUGGCUUCGACUAAAUUGCCUUAACAAAUUCUGAUCAUGAUCGAUAAAGAAAAGUAUAGUAACAGAGCCCAACGGUAAACAGUGGUCAUACCGGCUACAAGACAGUAAGUUGUGUUCACUAUCUAUGAACCUCACACUACGAGACAGUCUCGAGUGUGUUCUCUAUCUCUGAACCUCACACUGCGAGACAGUCUCGAGUGUGUUGUCUAUCUCUGAACCUCACACUGCGAGACAGUCUCGAGUGUCGUCUAUCUCUGAACUUCACACUACGACAGUCUCAAGUGUGUUAUCUAUCUCUGAACCUCAAUACUAAUAUAAUAAUUAUCGUUUACAUUUCAAUGCGUAAAGUGUGAUCUUCAUCUUUCAUCCAUUCUUGCCGUUUUCAUUCUCAUCUUAACUUUUAUCUGAAGAAAUUCUCAAAGUUAUUGCGAUAAUAUGAGGUAAGAUAAUGGAAUUACUCUAAAACUCUAUGAGUACUUGUUAGAGAUAAGGCUCAAUUAUGCUCUGUUCUCUUGGUCAUGUCAUAUCUGAAUCUUAAAGACGUGAGAGUUUCCUGGGUUGGUCACGACCCACAUCUGAGAUGAACCUGUUAAGUGGAGCUUGAACACGUUUAUGGACAUUAUUUAAGAAUGAUUUUGCCUAGUAUAUUUCCAGACUGAGAGCUGUUAUCCUACCUCAGCUCAUUUCAUUGUAUGGCCCUUGCUGUGGUAUAACAACGGAAUUCGAUCCACAACAAUUGACUCACACCCAGGAACCUGUUGAGUGAUAGGUGUAGGGUAUAAGGAGACUUUUCUAUACGUCUCUCCUUGCCUGAGGAUCGAACUCGGGACCUUUAGGUUGUGAACCUGGACGCUCUGACCAGAAACUUUUCUAAAAUGUCAUGAGGUUAACGAAUGACGCUUGGCAUCGUUCAACAUUUUUGAACUUUAUAUUUUUAAGUCAAGGUAGACGUAAAGCCACACUGCCUGAAGGUGGGAGGUUAGUGUGACGUCACCUCCAGGUCAUCAGGGUGACCUCCAGACCACGUGUUAUUAAUUUAGCUCGUAUGAUUAUUUAUUGUCUAUCAAAUGCUGACGGUUUCUCCAAAGGAAAUAAAAUUCACAGUACAGUAUAAAUAAUAGUGCAGAAGAAUACUAAAAGAAAGCCCUGCUCUCUUAGCAUUAUUAAGAGUAAGCCUUCACACUUAAAGCAGACUUUGUGAUGACCAUCAUAACUCACUAUGUACUGACCAUCACAGCAGACUAUGUACUGACCAUCACAGCAGACUAUGUACUGACCAUCACAGCAGACUAUGUACUGACCAUCACAGCAGACUAUGUACUGACCAUCACAGCAGACUAUGUAGUAACUAUCUUAACAGACUAUAUACUAGGGUGGUCCAUAUUUAUAGGGGAUAAUUAUGAAAGUUGUGUAGACCAAGUGGGAACUUAGUGCCAUCGUUCUACUUCAUGUACAGUAUCUUCGCAGCAAAUGUGAAGAGAAUUUGACGUUUAGGGAUCGCACAAAACGUUGAGUUAUUUUAGUCCCAUCAAAAUUCUAUUGAAACAACUCGUUUCUUUCGAUUCUUUGAAAAUUACUGGAUGUAUAAAAUUGUAUAUGUGUUAUAAUGUUUAUGUGGCCUAAUUCCUGUUAUUUCAUUAUUAAUUAAUAAUAAUAAUUGUUAAUUAACAAUUUUUAUUUCUACAAGUACAUGAUACAACUGAUACAGACCUAACCGACAUCAUUGACAUUCUAUAUGGAAAGUCCGUUGUUAUGCAGAGCAUUUCAGGCAACUUAGGUUAAUCCUGUCCUCCAGAAUGUAACCUACAACAGUCCACUAACACCCUUUCCACAGGUAGUUCUGUUAGCUGGGAUAAUUGCAUAUUGCAGUAGGCAUCACCGGUGCUCGAUUGCUUUCCAGACACAAAAUGCUUAGGAAUUAUUACCUCCAUCAUUCUGUCAUGAAGAAAACGAGAGUAGAUACUACAAAAGCAAUUCUUUAAAUAAUGGUAGAAAUGAAUGAAAAGGCUAAAAUGACGGCGUUACAGGAGACAACCAGAAGACCCUUCUCGAGGCCUCAGUGCUGGUGUGAAUUAAUUGAACGUUUGCAUUGCCGCUCUUAAGGAGGGAAGUCUGUGCUAGGCUUGCUGUUAGGCAUCCUACGUCCAACACCGGUUUAUCUGAAGGAGUAUACAGUAAAAUACAGGUUAUCAUCAACCCUGAGAUUAUAUGGACUGCUUGCUCUUAGUGAGUCUUUUAAGUGAUUCUCGUUGAUGUCUAUAAGGAGCAUGACCGUCUGGCAGGCUCAAUAUCCCCAGUAUCCAUCAAUUCUUUACUUCAAAAUGAAGUAAAGAAUUGAUGGAUCUCGAUUGAAACCAUCAACUGAUGAUGAGGAUGUCGUGGAUGGAUUAUCUGAACCUCUGACAGGAUUCAAAGACAGGACAGUGAAAAAUCUGAAGGUGGUCAAGUCUAUGGCUCACCACAGGGAUGAUUACCAGGCACCCCUGGACCUGUCGUACAUAUUGGGGGAAAAUCCAAGAGGAAAGCGUGGAGUCCUCUAUCAUGCCAGAUACUAGAUGGCAAAUGAUAUUUAAGCUCCAAAGAUCCUCUUUAGAAAGUAAUUCCUUACUGUUCAUCAAACGCGUGCAACACAGCAUCUUAGUCUUCGUUCAUGUCUUCUACACCAGGUCGUGGCCUCAGGCAACGGUAUUAUCAUAUAUCCUUAAAAGUAAUUUGGUCUUCAUGAAGGAUCUUAUGUGCAGAAUUCCAAAUCAUCAGUUGCCGAACAGUGACUUCACAGCCUCAUAACGCCACUUGUGGUAUGUGUCCGCAGAACGGAUUGACCUUCCAUUUUUCAAUGACCCAACUGGAGAAGAGGAGAAAGCUGCAAUAGUGGAGAAUCUCAAGAAGAGAGAAAAGUAUGGGACUGAAGAGGCUUGAUGGCAAGAAUUUCACCUCUUAAACAAACCAUUUCAUGACUGUGACAUCAUCCGCCUAUGUAAUUCUCCCGAAUGGGCGUCGUGAGUCAAAAUCCUUCUUCGCCAGACCAUCUUCUUGGACUGAAAAUGAAACCUACCAACAUUGGUUGAAGAUUGUGAAUUGACAGUGCUGAUAGAGGUAUUACUCUCACAAUCUAACUCAUCCAUCUUCAAGAAUGAGACACAAAAGCAGUACCUUCUGAGAGUUGAGGAUCAUCACAGAAAGGAAGAAACUGUUAUUAAAAUAAAUUAGACUAUGUAAAGUGAUACUUUACCUUUUUUAUGGUUUUGUGCGAUGACUGGCAGUUAAAUUCUUGAAGGGCCCUAACUACUAAACUAGGGAUCUGAAAUGUUACUUGAAGCAUUGUAAGGUUUCAGAUUUACUAUAGAUGACAGUGCCACGAGUGUCUUAGUAAAAAUUACAAUUUUUAAUAUAUGGACCGCCAUAAUAUAUAAUGAUCAACACAGCAGACUGUAUACUGACCACUACAGCAGACUUUAUACUGAUCAUCACAGCAGACUAUAUACUGACCAUCACAGCAGACUAUAUACUGACCAUCACAGCAGACUGUUUACUGACCAUCACAGCAGACUAUAUACUGACCAUCACAGCAGACUAUAUACUGUCACAGCAGACUAUAUACUGUCACAGCAGACUAUAUACUGACCAUCACAGCAGACUAUAUACUGCCCAUCACAGCAGACUAUAUACUGACCAUCACAGAAGACUAUAUACUGAUCAUCACAGCAGACUAUAUAAUGACCAUCAAAGCAGACUAUACUGACCAUCACAACAGACUAUAUACUGACCAUCACAGCAAACUAUAUACUGACCAUCACAGCAGACUAUAUACUGACCAUCACAGCAAACUAUAUACUGACCAUCACAGCAGACUAUAUACUGACCAUCACAGCAAACUAUAUACUGACCAUCACAGCAGACUAUAUACUGACCAUCACAGCAGACUAUAUACUGACCAUCACAGAAGACCAUCCAGUUAUUAUUAUUUAUAUUCAUGAGGAAGCGCUAAGCCCGUAUCACACAGCACCUGAGGAAUAGGUCAGGAGGCUUGAUCCAAGGAAGGGGAAGAUAGCUCUAGUUUCUUGAAUCAAGAGCAUGUCACUAGAAUCAGAUCAUGGUGGUGGAUGUACUGUUACUGUUGUCACGGUGGUGGAUCUACUGUUACUGUUGUCACGGUGGUGAAUCUACUGUUACUGUUGUCACGGUGGUGGCUCUGCUGUUACUGUUGUCACGGUGGUGGCUCUGCUGUUACUGUUGUCACGGUGGUGGAUCUUGUUACUGUUGUCACAGUGGUGGAUCUUGUUACUGUUGUCACGGUGGUGGAUCUACUGUUACUGUUGUCACAGUGGUGGAUCUUGUUACUGUUUUCACGGUGGUGGAUCUACUGUUACUGUAGUCACAGUGGUGGAUCUUCUGUUACUGAUGCCACAGUGGUGGAUCUACUGUUACUGUUGUCAUGGUGGUGGAUCUACGGUUACUGUUGUCACAGUGUUGGAUCUACUGUUACUGUUGUCAUGGUGGUGGAUCUACUGUUACUGUUGCCACAAUGGUGGAUCUACUGUUACUGUUGUCACAGUGGUGGAUCUUGUUACUGUUGUCACGGUGGUGGAUCUACUGUUACUGUUGUCACAGUGGUGGAUCUUGUUACUGUUGUCACGGUGGUGGAUCUACUGUUACUGUAGUCACAGUGGUGGAUCUUCUGUUACUGAUGCCACUUUGGUGGAUCUACUGUUACUGUUGCCAUGGUGGUGGAUCUACGGUUACUGUUGUCACAGUGUUAGAUCUACUGUUACUGUUGUCAUGGUGGUGGAUCUACUGUUACUGUUGCCACAAUGGUGGAUCUACUGUUACUGUUGUCACAGUGUGGGUCUACUGUUACUGUUGUCACAGUGUGUAUCUACUGUUACUGUUGUCACGGUGGUGGAUCUACUGUUACUGUUGUCACGGUGGUGGAUCUAAUGUUACUGUUGUCACAGUGGUGGAUCUACUGUUACUGUUGUCAUGAUGGUGGAUCUACUAUUACUGUUGUCACAGCGGUGGAUCUACUGUUACUGUUUUCAUGGUGGAUCUACUGUUACUGUUGUCAUGGUGGUGGAUCUACUAUUACUGUUGUCACGGUAGUGGAUCCACUGUUACUGUUGUCACGGUGGUGGAUCUACUGUUAUUGUUUUCAUGGUGGUGGUUCUACUGUUACUGUUGUCACAGUGGUGGAUCUACUGUUACUGUUGUCACUGUGGUGGAUCUUCUGUUACUGUUGUCGCGGUGGUGGAUCUACUGUUACUGUUGUCACGGUGGUGGAUCUACUGUUACUGUUGUCACAGUGGUGAAUCUGUUACUGUUGUCACAGUGGUGGAUCUGCUGUUACUGUUAUCAUGGUGGUGGAUCUACUGUUACUGUUGUCACAGUGGUGGAUCUACUGUUACUGUUAUGGUGGUGGAUCUACUGUUACUGUUGUCACAGUGGUGGAUCUACUGUUACUGUUGUCACGGUGGUGGAUCUGCUGUUACUGUUAUCAUGGUGGUGGAUCUACUGUUACUGUUGUCACAGUAGUGGAUCUACUGUUACUGUUGUCAUGGUGGUGGACCUACUCUUACUGUGGUAGUUAUACUGUUACUUAUUUCACAGUGAUAUAACUACUGUUACAGAGGUUAACUGAAACUCUCUCACCACUCUUGUUUGUUUGGAAAUGAAAAAUCAUAGAUGUUAUGCAAAAAAAAAAAAAAUUAUCGUAUUUGUGAAUUUGCUGAAGCUGAAUUAGUUUAUCCUCAGAGUUAUUUUUUUGUGAGUAAUGACACUUUGAGACGAAAAUUCUUACCUGCAGAAACAUAAAAAUAAAAAUCACUGAACGCAUUCGAGAAGGCUGCAUGACCCUUACAGGUUUAUCGCUUCGCCAUGAUAAUAAUAAUAACCCACUGUAACGGUGAUAUUUUGCACACCGAGCAUUUCGGCUAGUGAUUAUAUUAUCAUGUUCAGAAAGGCUGAACAGUGUUAAAGAUUGUUGUUACUGAAUAUUUCGAUGUUUUAAGACGGUUCCGCAUCGUUCUUUGACUUGCUGGACUUUUUGAAAUCUUGUAGGCACCCGUCCCCUGAAGGGACGACUGAUCCAAGGAUUGCCCUCCGUGUGCUGUCUGACUCCUACAGGUUUAGCGAAUUCCUGUUGAUUAUAGUUACAGCAAUAAUAAUUUAAAACUACUAUGCCAUUUUUUGCUGUCAUGAA